AUGGCCUUGUUGUGCCUGGUCCCUUCUGAUGCCGCGCCCCCUCCUCCUUUCCUCCCCCCUCCUCCCCGUCCUCUGGCCCCCUGCUGCUCAGCAUCUGUUGGGCCAGAAGUCCAGCCGCUUUGGGGGUCCAGAGGAAGAGGCGAGGAGCAGGCACGGCGUCUGCGGAGCGCCGAUCAAUGGGCAAAGGGACGUGCCUUUUCGGGAAGCCGGGCCUGGCUGCAGGAGCGGCCUCCGCUAGGGGGCUUCGGCGGGAGGAUCCCGGAGGCGUCGCCUGCUUCCGCCGCCGCCUCCUUCAGUGAAAGUCCCUUUCGGGUCCGGCUGCCACCGCCGCCGCCGCCGCGCACCCUCAGGCCGGGCGGGGACACCCCGGUCUGCGUGGCCCCCGCGCCGCCACGCCCAGUGGCCGCCCGAACCCGGCGAUCGGGGGAGGAGCCGCAGCCCGGGGAGGCGGAGGAGGUAGAAGAGGCGGAGACGGCCGAGACGGCGGCGGAGAAGGCGGAGAGAAAGGUGGAGACAGAAGCGAAGGUGGAGGGGAAGGUGGAGGCGGCGGAGAAGGUGGACGCCACCGGGAAGGUGGAGGCAGCGGGGAAGGUGGACGCCACCGGGAAGGUGGAGCCGGAGGAGGGUCCUGGCCGCCGGCUGGAGCUCAAGCUGGAGCUCGAAUCCGAGCCGGCACGGGAGGCUGAGCAGGAGCCGAAAGAGGAGCCGAAGCCGGAGCCGGAGCCGGAGGAUGAGAACCCGGCGCGGAGCUGCGGCAGCGGCGGCGGCGGCGGCGGCAACAGCGAAGAGGUUCCUCCCCCCUCCCUUCCCUCCGAUCCCCCGCAGCCCCCUGAUCCCUCUCCGCGGCGCAGCCGUGCCCCCCGCCGCCGACCCCGGCCGCGGCCUCAGACCCGAGUUCGUACCCCACCGCAGCCUAGGCCACGGCCCCCGCCCCGUCCCCGGCCCCGGCGCGGCCCUGGGGGCGGAUGCUUGGAGGUGGAUUUCGCGGUGGGUCCGCCGGGCUGUUCCCACGUGAACAGCUUUAAGGUGGGAGAGAACUGGAGGCAGGGACUGCGGGUGAUCUACCAGUGCUUCGUGUGGUGUCGGACCCCGGAGACCAGGAAGAGCAAGGCGAAGUCGUGCAUCUGCCAUGUGUGCGGCACCCACCUGAACAGACUCCACUCUUGCCUGUCCUGUGUGUUCUUUGGCUGCUUCACGGAGAAGCACAUCCAUGAGCACGCCCAGGCAAAACAACACAACUUGGCGGUAGACCUCUACUAUGGAGGCAUCUACUGCUUCAUGUGCAAGGACUAUGUGUACGACAAAGACAUUGAGCAAAUUGCCAAAGAAGAGCAAGGGGAAGCCUUGAGAUUGCAAGCUUCCACCUCGACGGACGUGUCCUACCAGCCGUGUUCAGUGCCUGGCCUCGGGGAGAAGUACCCCACCUGGGAGACCACCAAGCCCGAGUUGGAACUGCUGGGACACAACCCGAGGAGAAGAAGGAUCGCCUCCAGCUUCACCAUCGGCUUGAGAGGACUCAUCAAUCUGGGCAACACGUGCUUUAUGAACUGCAUCGUCCAGGCCCUCACGCACACGCCGAUCCUGAGAGAUUUCUUCCUCUCCGACAGGCACAGAUGCGAAAUGCCGAGUCCGGAGUUGUGCCUGGUGUGUGAGAUGUCUUCACUGUUUCGGGAGUUGUAUUCUGGAAACCCUUCUCCUCACGUUCCCUAUAAACUGCUGCACCUGGUGUGGAUACACGCUCGCCAUUUAGCAGGGUACCGGCAGCAGGAUGCCCACGAGUUUCUCAUCGCAGCGCUUGAUGUCCUGCACCGGCACUGCAAAGGUGAUGAAGUUGGGAAGGCUGCCAACAAUCCCAAUCACUGUAACUGCAUCAUAGACCAAAUCUUCACAGGUGGCCUGCAGUCUGAUGUCACCUGUCAGGCCUGCCACGGCGUCUCCACCACCAUAGACCCGUGCUGGGACAUCAGUCUGGACUUGCCUGGUUCUUGCGCCUCCUUCUGGCCCAUGAGCCCAGGGAGGGAGAGCAGCGUGAAUGGGGAAAGCCACGUACCAGGAACCACCACGCUCACGGACUGCUUGCGAAGGUUUACAAGGCCAGAGCACCUGGGAAGCAGUGCCAAAAUCAAGUGCGGUAGUUGUCAAAGUUACCAGGAAUCUACCAAACAGCUCACGAUGAAUAAGUUGCCUGUUGUUGCCUGUUUCCAUUUCAAACGAUUCGAACACUCGGCUAAACAGAGACGCAAGAUCACUACGUAUAUAUCCUUUCCGCUGGAGCUGGAUAUGACGCCCUUUAUGGCCUCGAGUAAAGAGAGCAGGCUGAAUGGACAGUUGCAGCUGCCGACUGGUAGUGGAACCGACGAGAAUAAGUAUUCCUUGUUUGCCGUGGUGAAUCACCAAGGGACUUUGGAGAGCGGCCACUACACCAGCUUCAUCCGGCACCACAAAAACCAGUGGUUCAAGUGUGAUGAUGCCGUUAUCACCAAGGCCAGUAUUAAGGACGUUCUAGACAGUGAAGGGUAUUUGCUCUUCUAUCACAAACAGGUCCUGGAACACGAAUCAGAAAAAGUGAAAGAAAUGAAUACACAAGCCUACUGAAGCGACACACCGAUCUACCUGUGAUGGAAGAUGGCGACACCUAUACUACAACUGGCAUCGAGAUUUAAAGGACUACUUGCGUGGCCCAUGGGCCUGACAGAGUAAGAACUGAACAGUACCCAGUGUCUUAAGAGGUCCUGAGUGGAAAAGAAGUAGGAGGGGCGGGAGAAGAGGCGCUAGUCUAAACAAUCACUGAAAAGAAAAUUAAAUUGCAGGAAUGCUCCGGUGAGGAAGGCAGGGAGAUCCUGACACUGGUACAUAUCCUAUAUUCCUCCAAAAGAUUGUGUGGGAAAGUGUGGGGUGGGAGGGGGGUGGUGUGGGGGGUUUGUGCCCUUGUAACUGUAAAACAUCUUUCUCCAUGGGUGUUUCAGCUUCAACUGACCAAUCAUAACAGUUAUAUGUUUUGGGGGGGAAAUGAAAAGUUUAUACAGAUGUAGCCCAUUACAUAUAUGGGUAUGAAAGCAGAAAAGUGGAGGAGGCAGGGAUAUCUCAUUGACAAACACCUUUGCCAGUUUCUUUGUAUUCGUGAUUUUUUGUGCUAUUAAAUGCAGUAUUAAAAAAAGAAAGAAAGCUCACGAGGGCCAGUGAAAGAGAAGAAAGAAGGGGGCUUUUAUAAGGGGAGCCAGGGCUCUAGGAGUAGAGGAAACAAAUACUGUAAGAUAAGCAGCCAACACAGACAGUCCUCAGCUAAGAGUGUUGUGAAUGAGUGUUUUUUAACAAAGCUGUAUGAUAUACUUGAGCAAAUCAAUGAACCUCUUUUCAAUUGUUUUCUCAUCUGUACAAUGCAGAUAAUGCCUACCUUAAAGGGUCAUUGUUAAAGAGUAAAUGAUAUAAAAUGUGUCAAAGUGUAAAGUAAAAGGCUUGGAACUUUG